CUGCAGCCUGCUGACUGCACUGGGAUGUUUGGGAUUCUCUGCAUAAGUGUAACUGAGCUUUGUAAUGAGCGCUCCAACUGUGGCACAAGGGUGGAUGUGUUGUGUCCUAAUGUAGAAGCCAGGGUGCUGAAAGCCUUCUCCUUCAAAGAAGGAAUUUUUUUGGGAAAGCAUUUGAAACAAUUUUGAAUUAGAGACACGUUAAACCUGUGUUUAAAAAAAACUAAUUUCAAUUAAUUAUUAUUUUUUUUAUUUUUAUGAAAUGACAUGUUUUUCCUUCUCCCAGACGACUGAUGACAUGAAACCCAAGCGAGAUCAAGAGAGGGAUCUAGAGCUGGACAAAAAGAUCGAGGCCCUCCGCAGGAAGAAUGAGGCUCUCAUGAAGAGGUACAAGGAGGUGGAAGAGGACAGAAAAAAGGCGGAAAAGGAGGGAAUGGCUCUGCAGAGCCGGAAGGGAAAAGCUGAUGAUCUCACCAUCACGAUCAGCAAGUCUACCAGCGACAGCCGUGUGGUGGUGACAAAGCCAUCCGGCUGCGAGUCACCAGCUGCUCAAGGACAGCAGGGGGCUGAGUCUGACAGGGGCGGGGCGACCCCCACACAGGCGGCUGAGCCGGGCCAGACGAGGCAGCUGACGGUCACCAUGGCUGGCAAAAAGGGAAAGAGGGUGGUGCGGGAGAAGCCGGAGAAGAGAUCGGACUCAGCAGACAUCAGGAACCCCACGAAGGACGGACAGGCCAGGCGAGUGGAGUCAGCGAGGAGGAGGAAGCAGCCGCCCCCCACCACCAAGAGAGAUGCAGCAGCAGAAGCAGUCCAGGAGGAGGCAAAACAAGAGCAGAGGGAGUCUGAGGAGCUCAACAACAUGUCAGAGCAGUGCCAGGAUCCUGAAAACCAACAGGGCGUCUUAGACCUCAACAUCCCCACAUCAAGAGAAGAGCAUGAAGAAUAUCUGCGCUGGAAGAGAGAGCGUGAGCAGAUUGAUAAAGAGCGGGUGGCUCGCCAUAAAAAUGCUAAAGGCCAGUGGAGGCGAGCAUGGGACGUGGACAAAACUGAGAACAUGUUUGCAGGUAAAUCCCUUCCUGAUGGAGAGUGGGGGGCUUCCAGCAGAGGUGGAAGAACUCCAAGAAGAAAGGCAGGCAGUGACCUCAGAGGUCAUGAGAAGCGAGGCAAAGACAAGGCAGCUAAAAACGUGCUCGUGAUGAGCAGCAAAGCCAAAGGCAAAGAUCGUCUGACGGGGCGAGCCCGGAGGUGGCAGGCAAAUGAAGAUGGUGAAAACCCCCAGACUACUGAAACGACGUUGGAAGAGUUCCUUGAAGAACUGGACGCUCUCACAAAAGCUGAUGGAGAAGAACCGAAAGAUCCAGACUCGACGGCAAAGGUGAGCCCAGAUCCAGAGAGUCUACCUGAAGAAGUGGUCUCAGCUGACGGCUUGGGAGAGUGUCCCCCCGCUCAGGCGAAACCAGAAGUCUCGUCCCCUCGGGGGUCAGAAAAGAGGGUGCGUUUCUCGGAAGAGCUCAUCCAGAAGCCUCCCGUGAAGCAGAAAACAGCCUCCCAGGAGAGCGGCGGGUCAGAGUCGAAAGGCUCGUUAAACGCUUCCUCACCCAAAAAGAUUAGGUCUGAAGGUCAAAGGUCACAGCCGCGAGUUUGCCAGAACAGCGAGGCUGGACCAUCAUCUCCAUCACCUGACACUGAACACACUAAAAACGAGAGCAAACCUGCUGAAAAAGCCAAAGCUGCACCGCAUGAGGGCUCCCUCCAGCCUGUAGAGCGGACGAACAUCAGCAACACAAACACAGAGAAACUACUAGACUCCGGUCUGUCUGUUCUGAGCAAGGAGUCAGGAGAAAGCCACCCCACACACACCACCAGCAGUGACAAGGCGAGGGAGCACGGGAAGAUUGUGUGACAUUUUUUUUUUUUUGAGGAUGAACUGUAAAUACAAAAAUCAAAACACCACGUUUGGACGCUUUUGGCUCCAGUGGCUUUCGAGCAGAACCUCGCUUUUUCCCUGCUGUGCUGUCUCGUUCAAUAUAAUUAGCAAACAGGAAAGGGGAUCGUUUUGGAAUUUUUUUCUUUCCCAUCCAAGCACUUUAUGGGUAUACAAGUUGGUGUACUGACAUGUUUUUAGUAUGUAAGUAUGCUGCUUGAGUGCAAUAUCACUGAAUGUUUACAUUGUACAGACAUUUUAAAGUACCUGCAAUGGGGCUAGCUGAUCAGUUUAUACCUUAGGUGACAAUAAACUAAAGCCACAGUCCAAUUAUUUAGUGCCUAAAUCUGCCUUAGAUAUCUUUAAAAUUAUGUCUAUAUAGCUUGGUUGCAGACACACACGAGUCUUCAUAUUUAAAAGAAAGUACUUCCUCUUUAAAUUUAAGUUAUUUUGGUCAUAAUGUACAGUAAAAUUAAUUUUCUAGUUCACAAUGUGGAAGAAAUAGCAGCUUGUAAAAGACUUUUGGGACAAACUAAAUUUAGUGUGUUCUAAGGGUUGACAGAAAUGUUUUUAGGCAAUAAAAUCCUUAGAAAAUGACAGUUUUUCCUUCUAGUUUAUUUUUAAAGGGCCUAUAUCAUGUAAAAUCAACUUUUUUGAGCUUUUAACUGUAUUAUAAUGUUAAUUCCUCAUGAAAGCUGUAUUUUUGCCCCAUUCACUUGAGCACCAGCCCCUCCCAAUCUACAAAAAUACAGACAAGUGACAACAGCCCCUUCCAGGAAGAGUCUACCUAGCCAGCUCCGCCCCCAGGCUAACACAUACACACACACUUUUUACCACAUUUUUAUUUUAUAUGCACAUCCACCUUUGAAAAAGUUUGGAUGUCGUUUAUUUUCAUGAUGAAAUACAGACACUGUGAUGAGGCCGGCUCUAGGAUGACGUUAUGAAGUGAGCGGCACUCACAAGGAGCGAAAGGCGGAGCCUCUGAGAUCUGGGUAGGAAAAGAGCUAGCAAAAAUAACUCAUUGAACAUAAGUUCUUUAGUGUGCCAAAGGUAAUAUAUUAUCAUAUUUAUGGAUAUAGUUCACCCAGAAAAGCUUAAAAAUAGCAUGAUACAGGCCCUAUAAAGCGCUGGUUCACAACCCAAGUUGUUCCAGGGCGUAAACUUUGUCAAUCGUGUUUUAGUUUGUUUUAGAUUAGCUGUCUAUGUUUGUUGCAGCUUUCUUAGGUUCUAUCCAAGUAGUUCAGGUCCAAACUUUGACUCAAUUUGCUUGACUACAAAAACAUGUGACAGCAGAAUUUUUUUUUUAUGUACAGAGGAGUUUGUGUCACACCCAGUGACUUCAUGGUUCUUAAAGGCAACCCCAAAUGAUCACACUUGACAGCUUGUUUAAACUAUUACAAGUUUUAUGGCCAAAUCUCUCCAAUCUGUGCAUCAUUUUUAAAGUUGUGUGGUUUAAGAUGCAACUUUGCAGACUUCAGUGAUGUUUUCAAGGAGACUUUCUAGACAAGCCAUAUUCAUUCAGACUUCUUUUUUAUUAUUAUUUUGGACUUUUUUUGAACACACCCAUGAGCUCGUCUCCUCCCUCUUAUUGGAUGUCCCAUCGCAGCAAAGUACACAUUUUCAUGGGCUGUAUGAAGUGGAGGGUAGCAAAUAAUCAACUAAUUUGAUUCACAAGAUUAUCAGCAGCUGACCGUAUGCUCUUAAUUCUGUUUAGAAACAGCAUUUGUGUGUUUUUGUCCUCCUUGGCCGAUUUUAAACUCAUCAGAGGUUAAUGGCGCAGUGUUCGUUCCCCAAGCGUCAAAACACGCAAAUAUUUGGUUUUUAUCUGUUAAAAAAUCACAAAAUUGCACAGGAAUUACAUUAUACCGAUUAAUCUUUCAGCAUUAGUGAAUGAAUAACAGCCAAUCAGUGUUUUGCUAAAGUGCAUGUUUGAAAAAAGACAGUAAUUAUUUUAAACUGUUCCCCAAUAUGACUACUAAUAUAUGUGUAUACAAUACAUAGAAAUUGCAUUUUGCAUCUAAAGUUAAUAAAAAACCCACAAUAGCUUUACUCUCUACGAGGGUGAAAUUUGCAAAACAUCUUGUAAAAUUAAAGUAUAUUUUUCACUUUUUUGUUAAACCAACUCCAAAGCACUUUGCCUUUAAAAUAAUGUCAUAGCAAUGGUUUGAAGUUAAAAACAAGCUUAACUCAAUUAACUCAACCUAGAGUAAUCAUUUCGCGAGUGACCCCUUUAAUGCUCCCUAAAGCACAGCUUUUCUGUUUUAAUGGAAAAUAUCCUGUCUUCCUGGUGUUAUUUUCAGCAGUUUUUCUGCUACUGAAUGUUGUAACAAUCUAUUAUUUAUUUUCCAUUGAGACUUUUGGCUCCUGUGGAAAAAAAAUGACUCAAGUGUUUAAAAAUUGAUCAUUCGGGUCCGUCCAGCUUCAGUCUUUUACGAACUCAGAUGCAAUUCCCCUUUGGCACUGUAUUAUAACUGCAGCUAAUGCAUAUUUUUUAACCAUUUCUCUUGCGUAAAUGAAGAAAGUUGUGCCUUGCUUAUUGGUUUCUUCAAUUUUGAAGGUUUACUUAAGUUACAUGAUUUGUGUCAUGUCUGUUUUAUGUAAUGCACUGUUUGUUUGUUUUGUUUUUGCCUGCUAAUUGAAGGACUGAUUGUUUCUACUUGACAUGUAUGGAUUUAUUUGUAUUUAUUCUUUACCUUUUUGGUUUUACCGUAUUUUAAGAAAAGUCCUUGUGAAGGUUUGUGGCUUUCACGAUUACGUAAUGCACCGACCUGCUGGGAGGCCUAAUGGCUUCCACUGACGUUUAUUGGAAUCACACUGACAAAAACUGGGACGUUUGGAUUCAGGUAAUAUGUGGUAAAAUAACAAGUAGGGGCCUUACUUUCUGUAUAAAGCAUUAGUUUGAAAACAUGACCUCUGAUGCCUUUGAAACUCUGAAUUUGAUGUAUUUAAAUGGAUUUUAGCAGCAUUUUUAGGGAUGUAGUUUUUGCAGCAUUACCUUCAUUGAAUGUCCUAUAUAAGUGUCCAUGCUCCACCUGUGUGGAUGAAUUUGUUCAGGUGUGAUCUCUGCUGUGUGGAAUCUUCAUUUGCAUCGGAGCAAAUAAGAAGGAGGCCCACAGAACGCCAAUAAAAACUCUCAGUAUUUCAAAAAA